CCUAAAUGUGUGGUUGCUUGUAUGUGCAUGUGAGUGCGCAACAUGUAUGUCGCAAGCAAGUGUCUUUGCUUCGCCACUGAAAAAAUAGCGGUCAAUUAUCAACGGGUGCCGGGUAUGUAAAUAAGUGUGUUAAUGUUAGCCAACGAGAAUAUGUGACCAAGUAUCGUGAGUAUUUGUUGCGCGUACACGAACGAAAACGACGUGAACUAGCUGAAUUGGCAUAUACGAUUGAGGACCCUGUCGAGUGGCAAAUGGAAAAUGCUCCAUUGCAUAUUGUUAGCAUCGCCCCGAACGCCACCGAAUUCGAACAGUAUUGGCGAAGAAAACGCAACAUUCUGAACGACUCAGAUGAGGACGAAUAUGACGCUGAUGCCGCUACCGAUCAGGAAACAUUCACCGAUAACUUUAUAUUACCACGUAUGCAACGCAAUAAAGACGGAAAGUGGCGUCGACGACUAAAAGGCAAGACUAAGAUGGUUCUGCGUUUUGCCUUGGAAAAGAAUGCUGCUCAAUUGGAGCCCGGCGACGUGGAGGAGGCUAAUAUUCGACUUAUGCUAAUCCACAGCUCGGAAUUAGCUGUCAAGUCUACCAAGCCGAGUAAACAGUCAAGGUAUCGCGCCUGCCGCACAAAUAUCACCAAAAGCGGUAAGCCGCAAGCAAGCACAGAUACGCCUACAAAGCAGAAGCAUAUUCUAAAUUUGAGGGUGUAUCAGCGUUUGGGGAAGGGCAAACGCCUUUGGCUCGAUGGUCAUAAAAUGGAUAUCGAGGUGGAUUCCCGUCGUGCGGAUGAUACACAUAGCCAGUGGAUGCAAUUCGAUGUCACCAAAGCUGUGGAGGCAUGGCUACGCGAGCCAAAGUCCAAUCUUGGGCUCGAGGUGCAAUGUGACAUUUGUCAACGAGUUGGUGCGCGCAUACUAAACGACAUGACGUCGUCUACCAACGUUGACGAUGCCAAUGCUGAUGAUGCGAAAUUGAUGCCGGUUUUAAACAUCAUCGGUCGUAUGGGCGUGACGUACAAGGAGAUGAGGUCGAAUAAACAUUCCAAUUCCGCUGAGGCAACACUCUACCAUCAUCAUAAAGUUGCAACGCUGUCAAAUGGCCGACACCUCUCCAAUGCUGCACUAGAUAAACAUACCUGCCAUAAGGGCAAUAAACGCUGCUGUCGACACACAAUGGAAGUGGUGUUCAAGGAAAUCAAAGGCUUUGAAUUCAUAAUACAGCCGAAAGUAUUCGAUGCUGGCUACUGCCACGGCCGCUGUCCUCCGCGCUACAACCCCGCCCACCAUCACGCCAUGUUGCAGAGCCUGAUUUGGAAGCAAAACCGUGAGCGUGCACCGCGUCCAUGUUGUGCACCCUCGAAGCUGGUCGAACUCGAAGUUUUGCACCUAGAUGAAAAAAACAGCGAAAAACUAAAGAUCUCAACGUGGACUGAUAUGCGAGUUGUCGAGUGCGCAUGCUCGUAAGUGCUACAUGGAUGCAAUAAUUGGUAAAAUAUCGGUAGGACUACCAAUGUGUGAUAGCGGGAAGAGUUCUAUAAGUAGUAUCUAAUAUAACAUUAUUUAUACACGAACAUACAUCAUAUAUUCAUAAACAUAUAUGUACAUACAUAUAUACCAACCUGUUUACAUAUAGGUAUAUCUAUGCAUACAUAAAUACAUUUACAAGCACUGUACACUUUCGAAAAAUUUACUCUAAGGCUGCGUUUGAACAAACUCCUUUAAUUGGAAAUUAAUUUAAAUUUAAAUUUUUAUUUGAUUCUAAAUUAAAUUUCUUCAGUUUCAAUAAGCCCUUUAUUUAAGUGAAUAUAAAUAUGGUAGUAAAAUCAGGGCUAUUUUACAAGUAAACAGCUGAUACACAAUAUUGCGGUGGGCGUAUAUUGAUUAACUGUGUAACAUCUCUGAGUGUGGUUAUUCAUUUUAUUUACGUGAAGAGCAUAGGUCAUUAAUUAAAUUAAAAACAAAUUAAGUUUCAUCGAUGAAACCAAAAAUUUUUAAAUAAAAAAAAUGUUUUCUUAAAUUAAUCUGGUGAAACGCAGCCUAAAAGUCUGAUUAAGGCAACUUAACGGAACUUAGAACUUAGAAAAUCUAAAUGAAACAGAUUUCGGCGUGGCAUUAAGUUACGUUAAGUUUCGGCAGUUCAAUUAUAGGCAACAUCCAUUUGAAUUUUUGUGUGAGAGCCUUGUAAAUUACUUUAAAUUGCCAUAAUCAGACCAUAAUGCAAUGCCGGCCAAAACGUGCACAUUGUGCAGUUUUUCCUUCGUGUUUUCACACCAACGCUAACGAUGUGUAAGCUGAAUUUGUGGUUUCGCUUUCCCCAAAAUGAAUUUUGCUACAUAUUUAAAGCACUUAUGCUAUUUUUUUAUUAAAAGAAACAACAAAUAUCAUUAAUUGUAAUAUAUAAUAUAAAAAACGAAUCCGAUGGCUUGGCGGCGAGAACGAGACGAGAAAAGAGAGCGUCAAACAAAAACGCGAAAAAAGUGGAAAAUGUCGCCAUCAGUGUUGCCAGAAAAUUUUGAGGCUUAUAGCUAAAUUCUUCGAAAAAAAUAGAUAGAAAUAGCUAACAAAUUUUUUAUAGCCGAACAAAAUAGCUAAAAAAAUGUUUCUUCACAAAUAGCUAAAUAAAUUAAAUAAUUUGGUUAUAAUAACGCAAACAAAUAUGAACUUAAAUAUUUACAUACAUUGAAUUGGAGUGGUAAAAAUACCUUAUAAUUGUGACUAGUAAAUAUUAUUAAAAUUUUAGCUCAAAUCUGCAAAUCUAUUCCUAAAUACAAAAAAAAAAUAUGCUUGGUUUAGUUUCACAGUUGUAUUACCCAUGAUAAAAACAUAGCAAGGUAGAACCGUUCUCUCAAUUUGUCGCCCAUGAUUUUUUAUUGAA